UGCAGCAAAGAAAUUGCGGUAUCAUUUGGGUAAUCAGGUACAAACUUUUGACCUUUCCCCUGCGAAAGCACUGGCCCGUGUCCGCCAUUUUGUCCAGCGGCAGGAAGAUCGUUUCUCUAAAAUCUGAGCCGGUUUUUAGGAAGAUUCGGCGUUUUGUCGACCCUACAACAACAGAAACACACAGAAAUGGCUGAGAGAAGCUGUGAGAUUCCUGUGGACAAACAGCCAACAGACAAACCGCAUAAAUGUGACAAGUGCGACUAUUCUACUGCAUGGAAAAGCCAUUUAGAGCAACACAUCGUGGCCAAACACACAGGAGACAAACCCUACAUGUGUGGGGAGUGCGGAUUCAGGACAGCUUACAGGUCUGCUCUAACCAUGCAUAUGGCUAAACACACUGGAGACAAACCCUACAUGUGCGGGGAGUGUGGAUACAGGACAGCUUACAAGUCUGACCUAUCCCGACAUAUGAGAACCCACACAGGAGACAAACCCUACAUGUGCGGGGAGUGUGGAUACAGGACAGCUUACUCGCCUGUUCUCGCCGUACAUAUGAGAACCCAUACAGGUGAGAAACCCUACAAAUGUGACCAGUGCGACUUUUCCUUUGCACAGAAAGGCCAUUUGGACCGACACAUGUCUAAACACACUGGAGACAAACCCUACAUGUGUGGGGAGUGCGAAUACAGGACAGCUAAAAGGUCUGACCUAUUCAGGCAUAUGAGGACCCAUACAGGUGAGAAACCCUACAAAUGUGACCAGUGUGACUAUUCUGCUGUACGGAAAAGCGGUUUAGACCAACACAUCUUGGCUAAACACACUGAAGACAAACCCUACAUGUGUAGGGAGUGUGGAUACAGGACAACUCAAAAGUCUGCUCUAACCCGACAUAUGAAGACCCAUACUGGUGUGAAACCAUAGAAAUGUGACCAGUGAGACUAUUUUACUGAACAUAAAGCCUGUCGAGCCACGCAAAUGGCUAAAUAUACGGGAGCCAAACUGUAUAAAUGUUUGGGGAGCUUAUUUGGACACAGGACAGCUUUUAGGCCUAACCUAUCUGCACACACAAAGCCCCUGCUGUACUUGGCAGCACACUGUGAUAGUUCAAUAAGAAAAAACACUUUUUGAAUUUGUCAAUCCUUGGUUAACAACUCUGGUGUUUCUAGUUCUGUUCUGAGGUAGUAUUUAGGCACUUACU